AUGUGCUCCGUUAACGUCCUCCUGACGAUCUCCAUUAUCGGUAUCACCGCUGGGGUAAUGGCCGGGGCAAUGUUUGGCGGACAAUACCACAACGUCUCUACUUGCAUUAUGGCCUUCAUCUCGGCGGGUUUUGCCACCUACGUCAGCUACAUGCACAUUGCGUACAAGAAGAACUGGAUGCUCCACUGGAGCUCGGCGAAAUUUACGGCCAGCUUUUGGAUUGGACUCCUCACCUUUAUCGCAUCCUUCAUCGGAAUGAUUGGAUGCCUAGUGGCGGCUGGGAUUAAGAAGCAGGGCCUCACCCAUGAUGUUUCGCUUACCAUGGAUUCACGGCUGAGCCAG